AUGAACAAACAGCAAAUGCAAGCUCUAGUGGACACCGGUGCGGAGGUCACGAUUAUACAUGGCAACCCAGGCAAACAUAAAGGGGAAACAAGCCCUGUAUGGGGUUUGGGAGACCAACCACUUAUCAGACACUUAACGCAUGUAACAUUGCAGAUUGGGAACUGGCCCCCCAGGUCCUUUAGACUCAUGAUAGCUCAGAUUGGAGAAUAUAUUAUCGGUACGGACAUACUCCGGGGCCAAAUCCUGGAAUUGCCUGAUGGCCUAUGGGCUUUUGGUUCAGCACGGCAACUACGCAUUUGGGCUAUCCAAGUAGGAAAGGUCCCUGACAAGGCAAAUAUACCUGUGGCCCAUACAGUGGUACACCUAAAGCAAUACCGAAUACCAGGAGGGAAGGCUGAAAUUGAGCAGACAAUACAAGAUCUGCUACAAGUAGGCAUGGUGCAAUACACGCACUCCCCAUUUAAUAGCCCUAUCUGGCCAGUAAAAAAGCUGGAUGGGAGCUGGAGGAUGACUGUAGAUUAUAGAGAGGUGAAUAAAGUAUCCCCACCAAUAACCGCUGCUGUUCCUGAAGUAGCCGAAUUGGUACAUCAGAUCCAGGUGCAUCCAGGCACCUGGUAUGCAGUGAUUGAUGUAGCCAAUGCUUUUUUCACUGUCCCUAUUCCUAUAGCCACUCAGGAGCAGUUUGCCUUUACCUGGGGCGGGACCCAGUAUACUUUCACCAGAUUACACCAGGGGUACAUACACAGCCCAACAUUUUGUCACCAAGCUAUUCACAAAACCCUACAACAGGUCAGCCGGGAACCUAAAACCCGAGUAGUACAAUAUAUCAAUGACAUUUUGAUUCAAGGACCAUCCCAAGAGCAAGUGCAACAACAACUUGACUAUGUUCUAGACAGAUUGAGACAGGAUGGGUGGGUGGUGAACCCUAAGAAAGUCCAAGGACCCUCGGACACUGUUAAAUAUUUAGCUAUUAUAUUAAAGCCUUUGUAUGUUGUGACCCGGAAGAAGGCCCAUUUCCAGUGGGAACAAGCACAGCAGGAGGCCUUUGAGCAAGCAAAACACAUAGUACAAGAAUAUUUGGAACUACACACUGUCCAAGAUGGGCCUGUUAAGCUACAUGUCUCGCUAGAGCGAGAUGUGGCUCUCUGGAGCUUAUGGCAGCUACAGGAUGGUAGUAGACGGCCUUUGGGGUUUUGGUCCCGCCAGCUUACUGGGGCCGAAUUGCGGUAUACUGUAUUUGAAAAACAACUAGUUGCUGUAUAUUGGGCCCUACUCCACACUGAAGCCAGGACCCUUGGGCACGAAGUCUUAGUUCAGACAGAGACACCAGUGAUAGCCUGGGCAACCACCCCGUCCACAACACGUAAGAUCGGCCAUGCACAGGAAGCCACAAUUAUAAAAAUGGGGUGGUAUCUACAGGAGAGAGCCAAGCCAGGUCCAAAGGAUCUCACAAAAGAACAGAAAGAGUUUGCCUGGUUUACCGACGGCAGCUGCUCUGCAAAAGGACACUGGAGGGCCAUCGCCUACAACCCCGCCACUAGCACAACUCUCAGUAAUGAGGGUGAGACAGGCAGUGCUCUGCUUGCAGAAUUAGUAGCAGCUUGGCAAGCUAUAGACACCACUCCACCCAAUCAUAUCUGCUCUUGGGCUGUAGCCCAGGGACUCGUACAUUGGUUGCCAAAAUGGCAUGCCGACCAGUGGCACACCGGGAGUCAGGAUGUAUGGGGCCAUCCUUACUGGGAGCGCAUUUGGGCUCUCCUCCGGGACAGAGAUGUCCGCGUCUUUCAUGUGGACGCACAUAUGAAAGAACAAUCCGAGACACAUUUGGGGAAUGCACAAGCCUAUGCCCUUGCAAAGGUCCAGGCAGUAAAACUAGAGGAACAGAGUAAUGCUGCAUUGGCAUGGUGGGCUCACGAAAAGGCCGGCCAUGGGGGGAGGGACGCCACCAUAGCAUGGGCCAAGGCCCGGGGUACACAACUUCCAGUGAAAGACGUACAGACAUGUAUUGCCCAAUGUGAAACCUGCCAACUACUAAAAAAGCAUCCCUAUUUAGAUCAGCCAGUGGGGCGCAUACGGUGGGGUACAACUGGGGGUGAAGUAUGGCAGAUUGACUAUGUUGGACCUUUAUGGGAACAUAGACGACAACGCUAUAUUUGUGUGGCUAUGGACACAUAUUCGGGACUCAUAGUAGCGGUUCCUAGCCUCUAUAGUAAUGCAUACACCGCAAUUAAAUGCCUAGAGAUAAUAGAGCUCUAUUAUGGUACCCCUGUAGAGACCAAUCUGACAAUGGGACGCAUUUCAAAAACAUCAAAGUAG